AUGGGCAUAUCUAAUACCACUGUAACCAAUCUAAAUACACAGGGAUCAACAUCUUCUGCUUCAAUGUUUGAGUUAAAGUUUGGCUUCCAAACACUACACAUACCAAGCCACCAGUUUUGUCUAGAUUCAGCUUGCCCCAUACCCAAUGGACAGCAAUUUAUUGUUCAAAGAUCUUUUAACCUUUCAAGUAUUCCCUUGUACCCAUUAGCUGAUAUCACCGCCAAAUAUUCAGCCGUUGAUGCUGACUCCAAUCAUCUCGUAUGCAUUACAUUAGCACCUGUAGGAUAUCAGCAUCCUGUAUGGCAAAAAAUAUUUAUGUAUUUACCUAUUGGACUUACUGCUUCAGCUGCUAUUAUAUCUUUGAUUGGAUCUUUUAUUACUUUUGAAGACAGUGAGCAUGAUAUCUUUCUUUUCAGCUCGAAUUAUGCCAUGUUGCCGGGCAUAUUACGAUUAAAGACACCGGGAUUCUUUGAUUUGGUAUUCUAUGCUCAAUUCAUUGUGAUUGCUGGUCAGUUCAACAUUGAUUAUCCGAGAUUUCAUCCACUUUUUACUUCGAAUUUCAGCUGGAGUUUCUUGUUGUUUAGAUCAGAAUGGCUUCAAGAUACCAUUAAGACUAUCUUUAGAGGGCAGUCUUCUCCUCUUCAAGAGAUUGCAUCUGUACCUGGAAACAGUCUUUACAGACGACAGAUCAGCAAUGGCACAGACACAAACAAAAUCAACAUUUUAGGCACGGGUAUGCUGAACUUUGCCAUGGCAACAGGAAUUGAUAUCAAUGCCAUGUUUUUUACUUUUCUGGUUUACUUUCUACUUGUAUUUACUUGCUGUGCUGUUUGUUGUUUCUUGACAUGGUUAGUAUUGUUUGCGAUUGCCAAGAUGAAUGAGGAUGAAGCAUUUACGGCCCAAUGCAAAAAAGUGUGGGAUUUUUCAAUUGGUAAACAGCAAGAAACAUGA